AUGAACCCGUGCAAACCCAGCUUUCUCGUCUUUUCCCUCUUAUAUACUUCAACUCUCUUUGGCUUUGCUUCGCCUAGCCCUGCUGUCGGUAGCGACGACAAAUCCCCGAGUGGUAUUAAAGAGUAUAUAUGCACGGCUACGAGAAAGUGCAAACUAGGAUGCUGUGGCCCUCUAGACCGCAAAGGCAACGGAGUCUGCGGCUUAGGGCCCAAGUUUUGUGGCCCAGGAUGCACAUCUUCGUGCGACUCGAAAAGCGAGUGUGAUCCUGGAUGGGGGAAGAAGUGGUCAAGCUCCGAAAAACGUCCCCUAAAUGUGUGUUGCAGCAAGUUUGGCUUCUGCGGAACUACUCCCGAGUUUUGUGGGGGUGCUGUAGUUACGUCUCCGAAUUGUGGGAAUAGUAAAACCGCCUAUUCAAGAAUAAUUGGCUACUAUGAAGUCAUGAAGCCAGAGGAUAUCCCUUUAGGCUACUAUACCCAUAUCAACUUUGCAUUUGCGUUAAUUGAUCCACAUACUUUCCGUAUUGCUCCAAUAGACCCUCAAACUGGCUCACUUUACCAGAGAGUAACGGCACUAAAAGACAGGCAGUCUGAUCUGGAGGUUUGGAUUGCCAUAGGAGGCUGGGCCAUGAAUGAUCCAGGGCCUACCCGAACUACUUUCUCCGAUUUGGCGGCAUUUAAGUCUAGACAAGAUGCAUUUUUUGAAUCCCUUAUUACUUUUAUGCUGAACAAUGGAUUCGAUGGAGUUGAUAUUGAUUGGGAAUAUCCAGUAGCAGACGAUCGAGCGGGAAAACCCGAAGACUUCAAAAACUUUGUCACGUUUCUAAGAAGACUCAGGCAGCGGUUAAACCAGACUGGGCGGAAAUUCGGUCUCACAAUCACUUUGCCAGCAUCUUAUUGGUAUCUUCGAGGCUUUGAUAUCGUGAACCUUGAACCGCACGUGGAUUGGUUUAAUGUCAUGACAUACGAUAUCCACCGGACGUGGGACGCUGGGGUCACAUCUAUAGGAUCAUAUGCAUAUGCUCACACAAACCUUACAGAAAUUAACAUGGCCUUACAAAUUCUCUGGCGUAAUAAUAUUAAUCCAGCUCGGGUGGUAAUGGGUCUGGGAUUUUACGGUCGAAGCUUCACAAUGAAGGACCGGAAUUGCUUGGACCCUGGCUGUGAGUUCAAGUCUGGAGCUCGUGGAGGCGAAUGCACGGGAACUUCGGGGGUAUUAUCGGCUGGAGAAAUCAAAAAGGUCAUCUCUCAAGGCGCCUCUAUUAAAAUGAACUCUGAGGCAGCAGCAAAAAUAAUUACCUGGGACAAUGAUCAGUGGGUCAGCUGGGAUGACGAACAAACACUAAAGAUCAAGAUGGAUUAUGCAAAUCAGCGCUGUCUCGGGGGUAUUAUGGUCUGGGCCAUUGAUCUAGACGAUGGGACUUUGAUAGAUGCUUUGGGAGCUGCCAUGAACAAGACGAAAAUGGAGGUUUUCGAAGGGUCUCAAUCAUUCAUAGGGUCAGACCUAGGGACAAUUUGGCCUGGAAAAGAGGAGCUAUAA